AUGUCUUCCCAAAUGGGGAAGUUCUCUCACCUGGAAUCUGAGCUUUCGGCUGCAAGAACCCAACUUAAGAAGAAAGAAACUGAGGAGCAAAAUCUGCUUCAGUCAGUUCAUUCUGCAGAGAAGAAGCUUAGAUUAGCUCAGGAGGAGGAAGCUGAACGAAUUUCACAGCUAGAGAAGAGUCGCACAAGUGCGGUGCAAGAUCUUGCUUUGCUCUCCAAAGAGCUUUCUGAAGAGAAGCAGAAAAAAGAAGAGCUGGAAUCUACUUUAAAAAAGCACGAAAAGCAAAGAUCUGAAAGAGUUCGGUCAUUGGAAUCUGAAAUUACUAAUAUGGAACAACUCUUAAAAAGCAGGAAAAUGAAGCCAAAGUUCUUUCCACACAGCUGGAUCUACUGAGGAAAGAGCUAGAGGAUUCAAAUCUGAAGCACCAACAGGAACUGAAGGAAAAAGACAAUUCUGUGUCUCAGUUGCGUGAGGAGAUGGAAAGAGCCAUUGCAGAUCUUAAAACUGAGCAAACCAAUAAAUUGGAAGCGGAGGUUCAGCUACAGAAAUCUGCCGAUGUGCAUAAAAGUGAAUUUUCAGCUCUUCAAAACGAGCUCUCCCAUUCUCUUGACCUCAUUACCUCAAAGGAGAAUGAACUGGAGAGACUUUCCAAGGAAGUUGCUGCAAGGGAUGAAGCAUUAAUGCUGGAAAAACAAUCUUCAACCAAACUCCAUGAGGAGAUAACAAGGCUAAAAGUAUUUGAAGAACAAGCUGGAAAGCAUGAAGAAGAGGUGAAACAUUUCAAAGAGACCAUAAAAGCCACAGAGUCUGAGAUUACGACUCUGAAAGAAACGAUUAGUGAAAAAGAGAAUGAGAUACAGCGACUGGGGCGCGAUAUCCAGGAGAAAACUCAAGAAAAUGCCUCAAUCCGGGAAAACCUCCAAGCUUUGGCAAAUGUGGUAAACUCUUUGGAGAGUAGGGUUAAAGAUCUGGAGGGAAUGUUGCAAGACAGGGAGUUGCGUAUGAACCUUGCUCACAAAGAAGCAGCUGAGGCCAGGCUGGCAGCUUCCAAAAAUGCAUCCACAUCAGAACAGUGGCAAAGGGCUCUCCAGGCCUUGGAAUCUGAGAUUGAGCAGGAGCGUCAGAAGACAAGUGAGCUCACCAAACAGCUAAAGGAGUCUCAGUCGCUGCAAACUGAGAAAGAAUCCUCUUUAGAAGCUUUAAAAAUCGAGCUGUUCCACAAAGUUCAGGAGUUAGAGCAAAGUCAAAAGACUCUGAAUGAAUCAAGCAAGGAGCUGUCACGUAUCUUGUCAUCUUCUAAAGAUCAGGAGAAAUCUCUAGCCAAAGCAAAAGAGCAAGUAUCAAAACUACAGGAAGAAAUUGGGAAGAAGACAAGUCAGGUGGAAAUGAUGCAAGAGGAGCUGAAGAACAUAACUGGUAAGCUUGCCACCAAUGAAAAGAACUUUUUGGAGGCAAAAGGGUUGCUUGAACGAGAGUCCACCAAAAGCAGUGGUCUUGAAAGCAGCUAAAGCAGCUAAAGCUAGUUCAAGAAAAGCUGGAAGUAUCCGUAAAGGAACUCACUCAGAAACAAAGUGCCAUUGACAACCUGAAGGCUGAGUCUUCAAGCUACAAACAAGAAGCUAACGAGCAAAGUUCAUCUGUUUUAGGGUUGCAGAAAAAACUGUCCUCCCAGGAUAAAACCGUAGCGAAACUUGAGCAGGAUAUUAAGACUUGGCAGGAAAAAUUUUCAAAGAAAGAAGAAGAAAUGACUGCUGUUCAGCAACAACUCGCCAACUCUCAACAUGUGCUGGAGGAAUUGACAUCCCUUAAAAGCAGCUAUGAAGAGAUGAAGACCGAGCAAACUCGAAGGGAAAGCCAGUACAAAGAGGAACUGCUGAAGAACCAAAAGAUGUCUGAGGGUUUGAAGACUGAGCUGGAAAAGACCAAGGCGGAGGUGGCCUCUCUCUUGUCUUUAAAAGAGUCGUUAUCCCAAAAGGAAGUGACUCUGGAAACCCUUCAGAAAGAGAGCAAUGAUAAACUCACGAAGAUCUCUAAGCUCCAGGAUGAGAACAAGCAGCUACGUGCUGAAAAUAGGUCCUUGUCCCAGGCCUCCGAUCAAAGUACCAAGAAGACCGAGACAGAGUUGUCGAAGAUCAAAGAGAAGCACGACAAGGAGACGGAGUCGCUACGACAGAGCUACGAAAAGACCAUUUCUGAAAGCAAGCAACAAGUCGAUGAGCUCAGCCAAAAACUGGAAGCUGUGACGAGCAAGUAUGACCACACAAAGUCUAAGGUCUUGGACGAACGGCAGAAGUUCCAAGAAGAAAAGCAGAAGCUGUUUUCCCAGGUGGAAGAGUUGGAAGCCAUGAAAAAGGACCAAACGGAGCAGGUUCAGGAGCUGAACAAACAGAUAAGCCAGCAGGAGAAGACCAUUCGGAGCCAGCAACAGAAGCUUAAGAAGGACAGCGAUGCUCAUGAGGAGGUGGAGAAGAAGCAGAAGAGGUUAGUGGAGCUAGAGAAAGAGCUGAAGCAACAGACUGAGGCUGUGGAGCACUACAAAGCCCAGAUGGAAAAAGCCAAGGUACACUAUGAUUCCAAGAAACAGCAGAACCAAGAACUGAGCGACAAGCUGCAGGCCACAACCCGGGAUCAGGAGCAUCUCCACAAGGAGAACGAGGAGCUCAAGAAGGAGUCGGAACGGAUCAACAAAGAGCUUCAGCUAUCUCUGCUUCAAACUAAGGAGGCCGAGCAGAACUGCAAGACCCUGACCGGCCAGGUCCGCACUUUGGAGGCUCAGGUGGAGUAUGCAGACCGGCAGCUGAGAGAGUUGGGCAAGUUCCAGGUGGCCACCGAUGCCUUGAAGAGCCGGGAAACACGAGUUCCCACACGCGUGACCCGAAGUCGUGCCGAUGUCAGUACCGACAGUCUGGAGAUGAGUGAUGAGGAUGAAAACCCCAUGAACUCCACA